CUUUCCGCUGUCAGAUGCACAACUCCUUCUUGUCUGAGUUCAAGCCUAAUUUAAUACCGUCAUUUUUGCCAGUGACUGUCUGAAAGCCACACACAGUAUAUUCAUGUUAAACGUGCUACAGUAUGUGAGAGUUUCCUGCUUUCCAGGACACACCUUCAUCUGAAGGAGCGCUGCACGGUCGUGAGGGCGACAGAGGGAGGUGUUCCCCCUUCCCGGCUCUCAAGAUUUCCUCAGUUCACAAUAAACUUUCAUUUUGCGAAGUCGACACACAUACACCCACGUAACGGAGGUCUUACCCUUCUCCUUGACUUGACGUUCAUUAUACUUUGCAAAACACGCGAAAGGAAUAUGGAAAAAUAAAGUAAGCGCACAGGUGGAGCUCUCCGGAGCGUCUUCUCCAAAAAUUUGGUGUCAUCUUCUGGAAGGAAACUACAGGAACAAGCAGAGAUAAGACAAUGAGAGAAAGCGGCGUUUACACCGCUGGUUAAUCCCACAGUGUUUGGCUUGUUGUUGCUUUGUUGUUGCUUUCUGGCACGUUCACUUCUCACGCGACGCUGGAGGAACACCUGGGAUGGAAAAACUUUAUCUCGUCUGGACUGUAGUAAAAACUCCUAAGAAAGAAUGAGAUAACCGCUAUGGAGCCGGACAAUGCCCCGUACUCCAAACUCAAAACCACUGGAGUCGGGGGGAGAGUUCUGAUUCUCUGGGCUAUUCUCUGUUGCACCUGCUCUCUAAGGCUUGCUCAAGCACAAGAUGUGGAUGUUCUGCAGCAGCUUGGGCUUUCUGGGCGAAGGGCAGGCGGCUUGUCACCUUCAGGCACUCGAUCCACCCCCAAUGGCAUCAUUCCCUUCAAGUCUGGAGUUAUCCUCACCCCCAGGGCACGUAUACAGGUGCCUCUGCACACUGUUAUCCCUGCUACCUACAGCUCCACUAACAUCACCCUGAUCCUGAGCUUGUCUCUUCAUCGCAUCAACAGCGCUUUUCUUUUCUCAGUUCUGUCUAAGAAAAGGAAACUGCAGCUUGGAGUGCAGUUUGUACCUGGGAAGAUCCUGGUACAUGUGGGGCAGAGCAGCUCUGUGAGUUUUGACUAUGAUGUCCACGAUGGCCGGUGGCAUAGUCUGGCUUUGUCUGUUCAAGGCCAUCAGGUGUUCUUACAUACUUCUUGUGGAAACAGAAGUGUACAUGCAUAUUUGCAUUCUAAAAAAGAGGAGGCCCUGGAUCCAGAGGGCUCUUUCCUACUGGGCAAAAUUAACCACAACUCGGUGCCGUUUGAAGGCGCCAUCUGUCAGUUUGACAUUUAUCCCUCUGCUAAGGCAGCUCAUAACUAUUGUGACUACAUUAAAAAACAUUGCAGGGAAGCUGACACGUAUCGGCCUGUGUUUCCACCACUGCCACCUCUGCUUUCUACAGACCCAAACAUUACUGUCACUCAGAUAACUCCACUGUCACUGACAGAGCUUCCCAAAAUGGGCCAGAGACCCACUUUGGCCUUGACUGAGGGGAACACAAGGACUACAAUUCUUAUUUCAAGAGAUCACUCACUGAUACAGUCUGUGAGCACUCCAAAACCUGGUGCUGUGUCUGUUUCUCCCUCAGUUCAUCCGGGUUUGGAAAGCCCAUUGAAGUUUAUGACUCAAACAGUUACUACAUCUCUUAGGACGAGUGUGGCACCAUCAAACCCAACACCAAAUUCACAUAUUAGAAAGAACAAAAACCAUAAACCUUCUGGAAAUAGCAUGGAUAUACCUGCUUCCACCAGACCAUCUGAGGUGAAGCCGGACCUACAGACCACAGCUACUGCUACACAGGGCUCUCCUUCACACACCUAUGUUCCCAGAGGAAAGCAGCAAAUCACAGGAGCUCCAAAGGAACCUGAGCCAAAAGUGACCAGUGUACAGGAUGUCAAACCCACCUCAAUAUUUGCAAUAACUCAAGCUGCAACAGAUGGCUUCCAAACAUUUGACCUGGAACCGACCCAGUUCUCACUGCUGGCUGGACCACCUGGACUAAAGGGAGAGCCCGGGCUGCCGGGACUUUCAGGACUUCCAGGGUUGUCAGGAAAGCCAGGGAAGAGGGGCCCACGGGGUCCUCCUGGCCCACAUGGAAACCCUGGUCGUCCUGGACCUCCUGGAGUGAAGGGACAAAAAGGACAUCCUGGUCCUUCUGGCCUCCCAGGUGAAGCUGGUGACCGUGGAAAUGAUGGAAGCCCGGGGGCCAAAGGCUAUCCUGGCAGGCAGGGUUUACCUGGGCCAAUAGGAAAAAUGGGGCCAAAAGGAGUCAGGGGUCACAUUGGCAUCCCUGGGUUUUCUGGCCUUCCUGGUCCUGAUGGCGAGAGAGGAAUUCCUGCAGAUCACGGGGAGAAGGGCAAGAUGGGUAGGCCGGGGUUUCCUGGUGACCUUGGAGAGAGUGGACCUCCUGGCCCUGAUGGGUACCCAGGUGAACUGGGAGCUCUUGGCCCAUGUGGAGUCCCUGGUCUUAUUGGAGACAUGGGUCCUGUUGGCAUUAUGGGCUUAGCAGGACCGCCAGGCCACAAGGGAGUACCAGGGAACCCAGGGGAACCAGGACUGGAAGGUGAUCAGGGAGACGUUGGCUUACCAGGAGUGCCAGGGGAGCGUGGGUUCCAAGGGGACAAGGGUACCUAUGGCAUACCUGGGUUACCAGGUCCUCGUGGAAAACCUGGAUUGCAGGGCAAACCUGGUGAAAAGGGCCCUGAUGGCUUACCUGGUCCUCCUGGCUCAGAGGGCUUUCCAGGUGACAUUGGCCCACCAGGACAAAAUGGCCCAGAAGGGCCCAAGGGAAAGCAAGGGGCUGGAGGUUUGCCAGGUCCAACAGGAACACCUGGACUUCAGGGUGAUAAAGGAACAACGGGGCCAGCUGGACCCGCUGGACCGGAGGGCAGGCCAGGGAGGCAGGGAUUUCCUGGGCCGACAGGCCCGGAUGGAUUCAAGGGUGAGACCGGGAUAACUGGCGAGGUCGGAAAGCUUGGCGAGAGGGGACUGCCUGGUUCUGUUGGUCCUGUUGGAGAGACAGGCAUAGCUGGAGAAAAGGGUGAUCGAGGGAAAACAGGCGACCCCGGGCCACCAGGUGAACCGGGGCCAAUGGGUCACACUGGAAUACCUGGAAAGACGGGGCCAUCUGGACUACAAGGGAUCCCAGGGCCUCCUGGUUCACGUGGAUCCAUUGGCAUCAGAGGGCCCAAAGGUCUUAGGGGUCCAAGGGGUCCUGAUGGCCCAGUGGGGGAGGAAGGGUCUGCUGGAGUAAAGGGCCCUGAUGGACCACCAGGAAAAUUUGGCCUCCCUGGGGAGUUGGGAAGGCUUGGUGAGCCAGGUGAAGCUGGGCCUAAGGGAUUUCCAGGUGUUCAAGGACCCUCAGGACCUCCAGGAGCCAAAGGAAUUGCAGGAAAGCCAGGACCAGCAGGGCCACCAGGAACUGUAGGGCCACUGGGAGAGAUGGGACCAGUGGGGUUGCUGGGAAAGGCUGGAGAAAGAGGGGUGCCUGGUGAACCCGGAGAGAAGGGUGCUAUUGGUCUGCCUGGCAACAUCGGGGAGCAGGGUUUGAUUGGCCAGAGAGGUGAGACAGGUAUCGAAGGGGAGACUGGACCAAGUGGACCUGACGGAGCCAAGGGUGAAAAGGGGGAUGCUGGUCCAGAUGGCACAAAAGGAAACAGGGGUGAUGUUGGCCUGAAAGGAAAGGAAGGACAUCUUGGGCCUCCUGGACUGGUGGGUGUAAGGGGCCAGGAGGGCAAACCUGGCAAAAUUGGUGAAAGAGGAAAAUCAGGAGAACAGGGGAGCAAGGGUCAUCAAGGUCAUCUGGGUGAGACGGGGCCUACUGGUGAGCAGGGAGAGAUGGGGUUUGUUGGACAGAAGGGAGCAAGAGGAACCAUCGGGCCAGUGGGCAUUCCAGGGAGGAUGGGCCUACAAGGACAACUAGGCAUAGCAGGUUACGCGGGUCACAUGGGACCACAGGGCCCACUGGGACCUCCUGGACCAAAAGGUGAAAAGGGUGAACAAGGAGAUGACAGCAAGGUAGAAGGUCCUCCAGGUCCCCAAGGUGACAGAGGUCCUCCUGGAAACAGAGGAGAGAGAGGAGAGUCAGGUGACCCAGGACACAUUGGUCAAAUAGGUUUUGAUGGAAAGAGAGGUGAAGCUGGUGCCCCAGGGCUUCCUGGGCAUCCUGGGCCAAAGGGAAAACCAGGGGUGAAAGGAUCCAAAGGUGAUCAAGGACAGAAAGGAAAAUCAGGGGCAACAGGCACAUCUGGAAACAAAGGACCACCAGGUCCAGAGGGUCCUCCUGGUCCACGGGGAAUUGUGGGCAGGGAGGGACUGGAGGGGCUGCCUGGAAUGACUGGACUGCCUGGUAAAGAUGGAAGUAAAGGAGCCAAGGGGGAGCAAGCAGAAGAUGGAGAAGUGGGCUUGCCUGGAAAACCUGGGCAGCAGGGUGAAACUGGUGUGACUGGGCUUCCUGGAAGUCAAGGUUCCAUUGGACCAAAGGGUGAGGGGGGUCUUCCGGGUCAAACUGGUCCAUUAGGAAAAAGAGGCUCUUUUGGUGGGAAGGGAUUGCCAGGAAAACAAGGAGACCAGGGAUCUAAAGGGCCGCAAGGGGAUAUGGGUGAACAAGGUUUUCCAGGGGUGUUGGGUUUGUUUGGACCAAAGGGCCCCCCAGGACAUAUUGGCCCAGCAGGGAUACAAGGUCCAAAAGGACCACGUGGUUUGAUGGGUAUAGAGGGAGCUUUGGGCCCCGCUGGCAUCAUUGGCCCCAGUGGUCAUCCUGGACCCCAGGGUGACAAAGGAAGUCGAGGAGAGAUGGGGUUACAAGGACCGAGGGGAUCUCCCGGUCCUCGUGGACCACCCGGACCCCCAGGUCUGCCCAGUUCUGCCCUUUCACUUAAGAAUGAGGCUCUUGGUGCUGCCUUUCAAGUCAUCACCGAAUCCCAUAGUGCACCGAGGCAGGAGAAUUAUCCAAGCAUGGACCUGUCCAUGUCAGACCAGGGCACACACAUUUUCAAGACCCUGCAGCAUCUCAGCACUCUGAUCCAGAAAUUAAAAAACCCUCUGGGAACCCGUGACAAUCCUGCCAGGAUCUGCCGAGACCUCUUCAACUGUGAAGACAGAAUGUAUGAUGGCACUUACUGGAUUGACCCAAACCUUGGCUGUACUGCUGACACCAUCGAGGUGACGUGCAACUUCACUGCUGGAGGACAGACUUGCCUGAAACCUAUCACAGUAUCUAAGUUGGAGACAGGAGUGGGUCGGAGCCAGAUAAACUUCAUCCACCUUUUGAGUACUGAGGCUGUGCAGCACAUCACCAUUCACUGCCUCAACACAACUGUGUGGGCAGCAGGACCCUCCCUGCAGCCCUCAAGCAGGGCUGUGAGCUUCAAGUCCUGGACUGGGGAGAAGAUUCAGGCAGGAGACCUCCUGGAGCCGCUCAUACCCAGGGAUGACUGCUGGAUUAAAGAUGGCCACUGGCAUCAGACUCGCUUCAUCUUCCAGAUGCAGGACCCAAACUUACUCCCUAUAGUGGAUGUGUACAACCUGUUGACCACAGAACCCGGUGCACGCUACCACCUCGAGGUCGGACCCGUGUGCUUCAUGUAGGGCCCUGUGGUGGAGCCAGGAAUACUCCUUAAAGGAGUGACUACAUGGAGGGGGUGGGGGUGGAUGGAGAAGACCAAUGCUGCUAUGGCUUCCAGAACAGACCCCAUUUUCUCUCCACAAUAUAUGCUUGGACUGCAGAAACAGCAGGGGGUGCCAGAGAAAGAAAGCCCAUUGGAAAUUGAGAGAGAAGACUUGUGGCACUAAUCAGCCUGACAAGCUCAUUUUUUUGUUGACAUGUUUAUGGGAACCAGGACCUGGAUGCCCAUUUUGGAAGGAAGUAAUAUCAGCGUCUCAUUUGUGUCAUCUCUCAGACCAUGUUGUACAAUAUUUUCUUCACGGUUUGAUACCUGAUUUUGCAAAAACCUAGAAGGAGAUCUAUACAGAAAUAUGGAACAGUUACAUCUCCAAAAUGCAAUAAUUCCUACUUUAAGUAUUAUUUAUACACGUAUAAGUACUGUAUAUUGUAAUAUAAAGUGCAGUACUUAUUGUUCCACAGACUUUAGGCAUAUACACUAUCAACGUUAUAUCACUCAUUCAGGUAUACCAUGGGCCUCAGACACACAGACGUUCUUUUCCUCUGCUAAAUGUGCUGAGACACCCUACGUUUCUACAGAUAUCCUCACACAAACAACUGCUGUGUGGUGCUUUUAAUGUUCAGGUGGAGCCAAGGUUUCCGCAGUAUGAACAGUGAAGUGUGUCAAGAAGCUACCUCGUUCUGCACCGCUCAUCUCACAGCAAACAAGACAUUACCUGAUAUAAUCUGGGAUGACAGAGGUGACACCUGGUGCUGCAACAUAUGAUAAACCCAUCAGCUCAGUGAAGCACUGUCUGUGCCUCACGGAAAGGGAAGGUUGUAAAAUAAACACUCAAGCCAAAUUCAUUAAAUUAUAUUUUCAAGGUAGGUAUUUUAACUUUUUCCAAGUAUUUCUUGUACUGACACUACAUGUUUAUUUGUUACAGUGUAAAUGUAUUAUUAUGCAACCUUUAUUAUUUACAGUGGAUUCUAUUUAAAUUCUGAUUAGCUUUACAGAUCAAAACCAGGCAACAGGGUCCUGUUUUAAGCACAUUUUUUUGGUCAGUUGGACCUUUAGAUUUUAUAUUAUGGAUUUUUUUUUUUAAAUAAAUCUGUCGUACACAAUCAACUGUGUUUUAGGAUGUUGCCAGCUUUAUUUCUGUUGAUGCAUUUGCUACAAAAAUAGUCGCAUCAGCUGAUAAACUCAGAGGAUUUCUUACAAGACACAACAACAUACCACAGCGCCUGAGCUAACAGUGUUUUGGUCUAUACAGGCAUUUUUAUGCUGUGUGAAUAAAGGUUGAUGACUCAACAGGACAUUCAAUAAAUGUCUGAAACCUGUGUUGAUAAGCAGCUUUCAGUUUUUUCCGCCAAAGAAAUAUAAGAUAAAAUGCAUUCAUACUGCUGGCUUGUGACAAUGCAUUGCAGCGUUUGUUUCACACUUGAAACAGUCAAGUCCUGGGGCCCAUUUCAAGAAGGAGGUUUAACAAACUCAGAGUUCAGGUUUGAACUCUGAGUUGACUUACACAGAGUU